AUGGCCUCCGGCCAACCGUUCGCGUCACGCUCGUACGCGGGCACCAAAAUCCCGGACCGCUCCGUCAACGCCAACGCCAUGCCCUUCAGUGCCUCGUCGUUCACCCGGCAUCGUGGAUUAGGCGCCACUGCCCCAGCUGAUUUUGGAGCCCCCGAAGGCCCCAAGCAAAGCCAACAGGCUACGAAUGCCCCGGCCGCACAAAGCCACGGACCCGCGCAGGAUGCGAAUCCGUUGAGCCGAUUGACCGAGGAGCAGCGUGAAGAGAUUAAUGAAGCUUUUACCCUCUUCGAUCUCGAUCGCGAUCGCCACCUAGACUACCAUGAACUCCGCGUCGCUUUCCGCGCGCUAGGCUUCACACUCACAAAACAAGAACUCAUCUCCCUCCUUACAACCUACGGCGUCCCGCGCCCACAAGUCCAACAACAACAAGGACAGAAUAACCCCAAUGCACCGGGCAGCCAGGUUUCCAAGGGCGGAAACCCGCAACACCCCUCCAAUCUCCUCAUGCCCCUCUCUUCAUUCCAGGCCGUAACAGCGCUGAAGAUCCUUGAGCGGGAUCCACGCGACGAGAUCUUACGCGCGUUCGAGCUGUUUGAUGAUGGCCAGAAGGGCUUCAUUGAUCUGGAGGACUUGAGACGUGUUGCGCGGGAGUUGGGAGAGACGGGUCUCGAGGAGGAGGAGCUUAGGGCCAUGAUUGAGGAGUUUGAUCUUGAGGGUGUUGGUGGUGUUACUCGGGAGGCCUUUGUCGGCAUCUGUUGGCAGUGA